AUGCUGCGAGCAGUCUCCGAGGGUGCGGGGGCGCGGCCCCAUAGGACGCCGCGCCUCGCCUCCCCCCACUUGGCCUUUCAGCGCUCACUACGGACCCUAGGAGCGGACGGAACGCAGUCCGAGCUCACGGAAUACAAUAGCUCUGAACUAGCCCUCGUCGCGGGGGCGGGGAAGGCGGCGUGCGGCGCCCGUCAGGGCUGGAAAAUCAAAGGCUUGGGGCGCCACCGAGUGAGACCGCUUGAGGGUGCAAGGCGCAGGCGGCGAGGGGCGCAGCGCCGGGCCGCGCCGACACCGCGCGCGCCCCGGCCG